CGAAUCAGCCGCCUAGAGCUGUUGCACAUUCCUCUCUGGCUGGAAGCAGCACCGCAGCUGAACUGAGUAGCAGUGAUCCACCAAACGUCUGGAUCAUAUACAAAUGAUGAAAGAUCAAACUGGCUUUGUUUUGGCUGACUAUGCAGUUUUUUCUGCCAUGCUGUUAAUUUCGAUGGCAAUAGGACUUUUCCAAGCACUAAAGAAGAAGCCGAGGGAUGCCACUGCUGAGGAUUUCUUCACCGGGGGUCGCAGCUUGCCGGCUGUGCCUGUGGGCCUGUCGCUCUGUGCCAGUUUUAUGUCAGCAGUCCAGGUUUUGGGUGUUCCUGCAGAAGCUUUUCGCUAUGGCUUUAAAUUCCUCUACAUGUGCCUCGGACAGAGCAUCAACUCCCUGCUGACGGCCUACCUCUUCCUGCCUGUGUUCUAUAGACUGAGGAUCACCAGCACUAAUCAGUAUCUGAAGAUGAGAUUUGGCCGAGGCAUGCAGCUGUUGGGAAGUGUCCAGUUUCUUAUUGCAACGCUGCUCUAUACGGGGAUUGUUAUCUAUGCGCCAGCAUUAAUCCUCAACCAAGCUACUGGGCUCAAUAUGUGGGUGUCUCUGUUUUCUACUGGGAUCAUCUGCACCUUGUACACCACACUGGGUGGCAUGAAAGCUGUGAUAUGGACCGACGUUUUCCAGAUCCUUGUUAUGCUGUCAGGGUUUGUGGCCAUUUUCAUCCACGGCACAGUUCUGGUUGGUGGUCCUGCACGGGUACUGGAGAUCGCCAACAAUGGCUCACGCGUAAAUUUUGAUAAUUUUAGUGUUGACCCACGGCAGCGUUACACUUUCUGGAGCCUCUCAGUCGGGGGUACAUUGGUCUGGCUGUCCAUGUACGGGGUGAACCAAGCUCAAGUCCAGCGCUACAUCUCCUGCAGGACAGAGAGGGAGGCCCAGUGGGCUCUGUUUGUCAACCAAGUGGGUCUCUGCCUCAUUGUGAGCAGCGCAGGAACCUGUGGCAUUGUCAUGUUCGCCUACUACAUCAGCUGUGACCCUCUGAAGUCUGGGAAGAUUACGGCUCCUGAUCUGUAUAUGCCAUACUUUGUGUUGGACAUAUUCAGAAGUCAUCCAGGAUUCCCAGGACUUUUCCUCGCCUGUGCAUACAGUGGCACUCUGAGCACGGCUUCCACAAGUAUCAAUGCGAUGGCUGCAGUGACAAUGGAGGAUCUGCUGCAGCCCCGCCUGCACCGCAUGCCACAGAAGAAACUGGUCCUUCUUUCCAAAUCACUGUCAUUUCUGUAUGGAGCUGCUUGCAUCACAGUUGCUGCUCUGUCUUCCUUCUUGGACUGGGGAGUUCUUCAGGGAUCAUUCACUGUCAUGGGUGUUGUCAGCGGUCCAAUACUGGGCGUAUUUAUUUUGGGAAUGUUUGUCCCAAUGACAAAUAGAAUGGGGGCAUUUUCAGGCCUCUUCGUGGGCUUCUGUGUUUCUCUGUGGCUUGCUAUAGGAUCGACUCUUUAUCCACCCAGUGAGAAAACCAUGGGAGUCCUCCCCAGCUUCACAGAAGACUGUGGCUCCACUAACAUCUCCGGGAACAGCAGGCCGAGCCAGGACCUGCACUCCAUCUCCACCAAACUCCACCCAGACAAUGAGUGGGGCUUGCAUAGCUUCUACUCGAUGUCCUAUCUCUACUUCGGUGCAGUGGCAACCAGCUCUGUUGUAAUAGUCGGAGUGAUUAUGAGCUACAUAACAGGACCAACGAAGAGGACUGAUAUCAAAAAAGGUUUGUUGUGGUGGGAUCUGAACACAUUUAAAGCGGGGGAACCUUCAGAACAUGGAACUGGUGCUUUGUCCAGAGUGUUUCCCUUCAUUCGUCUCAGUACACUGCAAGCAACUGGAGAGAAGGUGGCAGAUAAACGGCAGACUGUCCCUUUGAAGAGUCUUCCAAGAGAUGACAUGAAUGAAAAAGAAGAACAAACAGACGUUGGAAAGAUUAAAUCACUACGCACAGAUAAAGCAUUGAUUUAGAGAGGUAUCCCAAAUAGCAACAUGGCAUUUACUCUUCUGUCACAAUUAUUGUUUUUUUUUUGUUUUGUUUUGUUUUUUUUGGGGGGGUGGGGGGUGUCUGGACUUUUUUCUUUAGUGCAAUACUGUAGCGCCUUAUGUUUUAGUCUUUGUAAUUUUUAGGAUAGCUCUACAGAUACAAUUGAGUCUUUAUUAUUGUGACAAGUGUCUAUAGAAAGAUAAUGUACUAUCUUCAGAAGGUAUAAAAGCAUUUCUCGCCAGAAUAUUCAUUCUGGUAUGUUCCGUAUCUGUACAAAGGCACACCUGCACUUCAGAAAGCAUCAGGUGUAGAACCGAUGAUGAACAAACAUAGUUUGGCUUUGAAUCUGCACUACCAGGAAUUCAACAGUUUAGUCAUUCUCCACUGUGUAGUCAGGGUGGAAUUGUGUAUUUAUAAACAAGUUAUCUUUGAGUUGCAGAUAUUCGCUUACUAUAAACGUACUACAGAAAGCAUAGCAAAGCUACCAGAAAUCGGUUGAAGUUAUUGUAUUAUCAUUCUAAAUACAGCUGACACUACACAUAAACGUCACAGAUCACAUAGUUUUAUUUCAUUUGUGCAAGUAAUCAGAAUGGGCUUUGGCAGAACAGUGAAUCUGUGUGAAGGAAAGGUGACAGAUUCUGUAUGUCCUGUAGUUUUGCAGCUGUGCUUCGUGUGAAGGUAUAGGUAGCUUACAGCACAUUAUGGCUUGUAUUUAAUUGUUGUAUGCUGCAGUUUGACGGUUACCAUUAUAUCCCAUUGUUUCAGUUGCAGGUAGAGUUUCCACUGUUCAGUGGAUGGGCUUUGACUAAUGAUCAUAUUCCAGUACAACAUCCAGUGGUUUAAGCAUAUCAUGUGAUUUAAAAAAAAAAAAAAAAAAAAAAAAAAAA